AUGGAUGAGGGGCGGAAUAUGAUACUGUUGUUUCCGACGCUGAUUGAUUGGAAGAGCGAGGAGGAGAGGGCGAGGUUUGCGCCGACGUGCCAUAUGUUCUAUCCGCGUCGUGUGGUCGACGUGCCGGAUGGGAAGCCGAAGUGGUCGGGGAUUAGUGGGAGUAGCGAGUUGGUUGAGGAUACGUCGGAGGAGGAUAGGCAUAAGCAUAAGAAGGCGAAGCAGGAGCAGGAGCAGAAGGAGAAUAAGGAGCAUAAGAACUAA